AUGGCUGUAGAGGGAGUGAUGGAUUCUCCAAGCAAGAAGCCUCAAGGAGGAUUCGCCAAAAAGAAAAUGUUCUUUGGAAUCAAUGAACGUGUUGAGUUGAGGAGUGCUGAGGAUGGGUUUCUGGGGUCAUGGCACCCGGGGAUAGUUAUCCACUGUGAGAAGCUAAAGCGCCUAGUCAGAUAUGAUAAUAUCUUAGAUGAUGACGAGAUUAAUAAUCUUGAGGAGUUAGUGCAUGUUUCUGAAGCUUUGGAUGGUCAAAGUAGCUCUUCAGAUUUCUAUAAGCGCGGUUUCAUUAGGCCAGUGCCUCCUUUGAUUGAGUUUGAUAAAAGGAACCUUAAAUUUGGUGUGUGUGUUGAUGUGAACUAUCAGGAAGCUUGGUGGGAAGGUGUUAUAUUUGAUCACAAUGAUGAGAAGGAGGAGAGGAGUGUGUUUUUCCCUGAUUUGGGUGAUGAAAUGAAUGUUGAAAUUCACCAACUUCGGAUUACUCAGGACUGGGAUGAAGUUGCAGAGAAGUGGGAGCAGCGAGGGAAAUGGGUGUUUCUUGAAUUGAUUGAGGAGUGUGAGAGGACAUCAUUUGUUGGAGUUUCAGCAAAGCAGAUUUGGUAUGAUGUACGGGGAAAAAGUGAUUUUAACAGGAUUGGGGAGUGGACAUUCAAUGUGAAGGACUUAUGGAGAGACAUGGUAUUGGAUGUUGUUGAUGAGUACUUUUCUCUUACUGCAGAAGAAGUUUUCUCAGUCUUAAACCUUCCAAGGAGUUUAUUCAAUGAAACACCAGAGGUGGAGUCUGUUGAACCUGUAGCUAAUGGGGACUUGAACACAACAUUACCUGAAAAGGAAAUUUUGAUGCAGAAAGAUCCUCUUCCUCCAUUUGAAGAGGUCUUAUCAGAGUUUCAAACUGAAAUCCCCCCUGAUGAUGCUGGUGAAGAAGUUUCAGGUUCUAGCUGUUUUGAGAAUAAUAGAGAAAAUAUAUCCUCAACUCGUUCAAGGUCCGGGCAUUGGAAACCUCUUAAGUUUUCUGAAGUUGAAUUAUGUCCUGAUGCUGUUAAGCAAUAUGCACUUGGUUCUAAGAGCAUAGCAACUAGGAAACUUUGGACUAAAAAAGUACAUAAACAUCUUGCAUACCUUGGAUGGAAAAUUGAGUGGACAUCUAAAUUUCGUGGGUAUAAACGUUACAGGUACAAGUCACCUGAUGAACAGGACCAGAAGUUUUACCUCUCACUCACUAAAGUUUGUAAAGUUAUGCAAAAUAACUCCAAAACAAACUUCUUGAUGUCCCAAAAUGAUGAGAGUAUAAUGCAUCAUACCUUUGACUCCCAUCUUUCACAUGUGCCUCUUAAUCCAUCCGAAAAGAUUCAGGAUCCAGAUACUUCUCUUGCAACUUUGCCACCUCCUCCUGUUGAAGUUGUAGAUGAACCAGAAUUUGCAGAUGAACCGGCGUUUUGUCCUCAAGCUGUUGUGGAAUAUUAUAAUGCAUUCAAAAAGAACAGGACUGAUAAAAGAAAAUGGAUACAGAAAGCAAAGAAGCAUCUGCUAGCAGAAGGAUGGACUUUGGAACAUCAUCCAACUAAUAAAAGAAGGGGAAUUAAAUAUAUAUGUCCACAAAAGAAAAUUUUUCUGACACUCCAUGCAGCAUGUGGAUUUUGUAUCAAAGAAAGCAUUCCUAAAUGGACUAAUUCUGGCAUGCAACUUGUAAAUGAAAAUGACUCAGUCAUUAAUGAGGAAAAUGUUGAUCAAGUUCAGAAUGGUGAUUUAUUAAAUAGAGUAUCCCAAUUGCCUCCGGAGAAACCUGCAUUACAUGGCAUAGAUGGCGUAGCUGCAAGUGGAUCUACUGCAAAUAGGAAGCGGAAACGCUUGAGUAAUUCAAAGGCUAGCCUACCUAAGCGCCAAAGGAAUGGAUUACCUGUACGGGUGCUUAGAUCAAGUAAAAGGGUGCAAGAGGUGUCUACCCCUUCUCUGUCACACCAGAAGCCACAAAAUGUUUUGUCUUGGUUGAUAGACCACAAUGUAGUGCUACCAAGGUCUAAGGUUUAUUACCUGGAAAAAAGCCGGUACCGUGCUAUGGCUGAGGGGCGAAUAACUCGUGAUGGAAUCAAAUGUAACUGCUGUCAGACAGUUUACAGUCUUGUUGGCUUUGAAAAGCAUGCUAGUGGUAGUAGUACCCCCAGACCUGCUGCUAAUAUCUUUUUGGAAGAUUAUGGUAGGUCACUCUUAGAUUGCCAGAUUCAAAUAAUGCAAGAUUAUAGGAUAAGGGAAACUAAAGAAAAACCAUGCAAUGGUUUGUUUCAAGGGGAGAAUGACUACAUUUGUUCUGUUUGCCACUAUGGUGGUGAACUUAUUUUAUGUGAUCAAUGUCCGUCUUCAUUUCACAAGACAUGUCUCGGUUUGGAGGAUAUCCCUGAUGGUGACUGGUUUUGUCCAUCGUGUCGUUGCGGGAUUUGUGGCCAAAGCAAAAUCAAUGGAGAUGAGGAUGGACAUUUCCUUGCUUGUACUCAGUGUGAAAAUAAAUAUCAUGUUAGGUGCGUGAAAAGUAGAGCUGUGGAUGAAUCAAGAAGGUAUCAGGAAAACUGGUUCUGUGGAAAAAAGUGUGAAAAGAUAUAUGAAGGCCUCAACAAACUGUUAGGAGUGCCAGUUACAGUGGGUUUGGGCAAUCUAACUUGGACACUAGUGAAGUUCAGCAACUCUGAGAGUUGUAAUCUUGGCAGUGCUAAAAGUGAAUUGCUAGCAGAAAGUUACUGCAAACUCAACGUUGCUCUUUCAGUGAUGCAUGAAUGUUUCGAGCCCCUAAAGGAACCUUUCUCUAGCAGAGAUCUCGUGGAAGAUGUUAUAUUCAGCAGAUGGUCAGAGCUUAAUCGGUUAAAUUUCCAGGGUUUCUAUACCGUACUUCUGGAA